GCAAGGACUCUUUGACUCUUUGAUCAGCAAAUUUUAGUCUUUCAAAUUUAAAUCAAACAGUAAAACUUAAGAUUUGACAAUGUGCUUCCAAAUUCCUACUCUCAUCUCCUGCAACACCCGUAGACACUGGCAUCAGGGCAGAAACCGCAAUCCUAGCAACCUGUUGUACCCACCUAGUUCACUAAGUAUUCAGGUGUUGGUGCAUGGGGGACUCUGGAAUUGCCAUUCUGCAGUUCUGAAGGCUGACUUCAUCACAGCUCUUGCCUCUGCUCAAUCUCUGGACUUCCUGGCUCUGACUGAGACUUGGAUCACUCCAGAGAACUCUGCAACUCCAGCUGCCCUGUCAUCUGCUUUUGCCUUCUCCCACUCUCCACGGCCAACCGGCAGGGGUGGUGGAACUGGCCUGCUUCUGUCGCGUUUCAUCCCGCAUCUCAGCAUGUCUCAGUGAUGUCUCGAUGUGGAUGAGUUCUCAUCACCUAAAACUCAACCCCAGCAAGACUGACCUUCUGUUCAUCCCAGGAACUACGAGCCUUCACAACAAUAUCUCCAUCUCUUUCGACAACUCACUGGUCACUCCAUCGGCAGAAGCACGAAGCCUUGGUGUAGUAAUGGAUGACCAGUUAUCAUUCUCGAGCCAUAUUGCAAAUCUGACUCGGUCAUGCAGAUUUCUCCUGUACAACAUUCGAAGAAUUUCUGUCUCAGGAAGCCACUCAGGUGCUUGUGCAUCUCUUGUCAUCUCAAGACUUGACUACUGCAACUCUCUACUGGCUGGUCUUCCACUGAGAGCCACCAAACCACUACAAUUAAUUCAGAAUGCUGCAGAAUGCUGCAGCUGCAGACAGAAGUCUUCAAUCUUCCGAAGUUCAGUCAUGUGACUCCUUUGCUGCGUUCCCUCCACUGGCUUCCUGUUGCCGCCCGCAUCCGAUUCAAAACCCUGACGCUGGCCUACAAGGCAAGAAACGGACCAGCUCCUUCAUACUUGAUGGCGAUGGUCAAAGCCAGAUCUGCACCAAGAGCUCUUAGAGCUUCCAGUACGGCUCGGCUUGAACCUCCAUCACUCAAAACACACAGAAAACAGACAUCCAGACUCUUCUCUGUGCUGGCACCAAGGUGGUGGAAUGAACUUCCACUGGAUGUCAGAACAGCAGAGUCACUCGCCGUCUUCAAACGUCGACUGAAGACACAUCUUUUUAAAGAGUUCCUAAACUAAAAAAAAAAAAGGUUCCUAGGGUUCUAAACAUGAUUAAGUUCUAUGUAUCUCUUGAUCCUAGUCUACAAACUAGCUUUGGAUAUCUUAAGUAACUUUGAAGCACUGUUGUAAGUCGCUCUGGAUAAGGGCGUCUGCUAAAUACCGAAAAUGUAAGUGUAAAUGUAAAUAGUUUACAGACUUGGUAUAUGUAAAAAAUGAAUAAAGAAAUAAUUAAAAACACCACAGGCUUAUACAUUUUACCAUAUUAUUUUCGAAUUAUAAUUAGUUUAAACAACUAUCAGUCUAUCUAGCAUUCAGAAAACGGAAGUUAAGCUUGAUCAGCGAUCUCACAGCGGCGAAAACAGCCAUAGCUACCCAAUCUGUGCACCCUGCUCAGUUUGCAGUGCACAUGCAUGGCACAAAUCGGGCACGAGUACAGAUCGGGUAGUGACAGUCACACUGUUCCUGAACAGAGGACCUUGCAUAUU